AUUUUUUUAAUAUUCAAAUUGUUUGUGAGAACAUAUACACAAUGAGACAGCUCAGUAAGAGCUGCUUGCUCCUUCUCUUAGCCUUGGUUUGCUGUGUGCUAGUAGCAGUAUUGGCUGGGAAGCCUCCAAACAACAUUGAAUCUAUCAGUGACCCUAAGGAGUGGAAGAAAUUGCUGAGGACACGCACCAAUGUCCUGGUGCUCUACAGCCACGGUGCACUCACUGGGGAGCUGUCAACUGUGCUGAGUCACGUGUCCACAGACCUUCGGGGCACUGCAACAAUCGUGCUUGUCGACUGUAAUGGGUAUAUUAAGAUCAAGCAGUCUAUGAAGAAGUUACUGAAGGCAAAGAAGUCAUUUCUUAUGAUGUUCUACGCGCCGUGGUGCGGGUUCUGCAAGCGUCUCAAGCCUGACUACUCCUCAGCGGCGAGUGAAGUGAAGUCUGAAGGCCUCAUCCUCGCUGCCAUGGACGUUAAUAAGCCUGAGAACGCCCCUGCCAGGGCUGAGUACAACAUCACCGGCUUCCCUACACUUGUGUACUUUGAGUCUGGCAAGGCAAAGUUCACGUAUGAAGGAGAGAACACGCAAGCAGGCCUCGUCAGCUUCAUCCGCAACCCUGAGCAGCCUGUGACGCAGAAACCUGCCGAGGAGUCUUGGUCUGACACUGCCAGCGACGUUCACCACCUCACCAGCGACACCUUCCAUGCGUUCAUCAAGGGCGAGGCAUCAGUGCUGGUGAUGUUCUACGCUCCAUGGUGCGGCCACUGCAAGCGCAUCAAACCUGAGUACAUCAACGCUGCCAGCCAGCUGUUGGCCCAGGGGACGUGCCACACAAACCUCUUGCUUCCUACCCACCUCACCACCUACACUACCACCACACAUCACCCACCUACCACCACCUCAAUAUCCCGCACCACCCACCUACCACCACCUCAAUAUCCCGCACCACCCACCUACCACCACCUCAAUAUCCCGCACCACCCACCUACCACCACCUCAAUAUCACGCACCACCCACCUACCACCACCUCAAUAUCACGCACCACCCACCUACCACCACCUCAAUAUCACGCACCACCCACCUACCACCACCUCAAUAUCACGCACCACCCACCUACCACCACCUCAAUAUCACGCACCACCCACCUACCACCACCUCAAUAUCACGCACCACCCACCUACCACCACCUCAAUAUCACGCACCACCCACCUACCACCACCUCAAUAUCACGCACCACCCACCUACCACCACCUCAAUAUCACGCACCACCCACCUACCACCACCUCAAUAUCACGCACCACCCACCUACCACCACCUCAAUAUCACGCACCACCCACCUACCACCACCUCAAUAUCACGCACCACCCACCUACCACCACCUCAAUAUCACGCACCACCCACCUACCACCACCUCAAUAUCACGCACCACCCACCUACCACCACCUCAAUAUCACGCACCACCCACCUACCACCACCUCAAUAUCACGCACCACCCACCUACCACCACCUCAAUAUCACGCACCACCCACCUACCACCACCUCAAUAUCACGCACCACCCACCUACCACCACCUCAAUAUCACGCACCACCCACCUACCACCACCUCAAUAUCACGCACCACCCACCUACCACCACCUCAAUAUCACGCACCACCCACCUACCACCACCUCAAUAUCCCGNUGUGGGGCCCUGUUGUGGAGGGGUGCUGGGGCCCUGGAGCCACCUCCUCCACCCCCACCGGAGGCCGCCUGGAGCACCAUGGAGUCAGAGGUGCUGCACCUGACGGAGGAGUCCUUCAAGUCCUCCCUUAAGAAGAAGAAACAUGUCCUCGUCAUGUUCUAUGCACCUUGGUGCGGUCACUGCAAGCGCGCCAAGCCUGAGCUGACGGCGGCCGCCGUGCACUUCAGGGACGACCCGAAGGUGGCGGUGGCGGCCGUGGACUGUACGGCCGAGCAGGGCUUGUGUGGCAGCUACGGCGUCACCAGCUACCCCACCUUCAGAUACUUCAACUACUUCAAGACCUCACAGCCCUACACGGGUGGUCGCACUGAAGCUGACUUCAUUGCGUUCCUGAAGGACCCCGAGAACCCCCCAGUGUUGCCCCCUGCUGCGCCCCCCAAGUCCCCUGCUGAGGAGUGGGCAUCACUGGAGGGGAGCGACGCCCUGCUGCACCUCAGCGCCCACGACUUCCAGGCCAAACUGGAGGGGCGCCGCGCCCUGGUCAUGUUCUAUGCUCCAUGGUGUGGUCACUGCAAGGCCAUGAAGGAGGACUACGCGCUGGCUGCCAAGGACCUGGCCUCUGAUGGCAACGUCGCCGGCCUCCUGGCGACGGUAGACGCGACGCAGGAACGCGCCCUGGCAACACAGUACGACGUCAAGGGCUUUCCCACGCUCCUCUACUUCGUCAACGGCAUUAAAGUCGCCGACUACAGCGGCAAGAGAACACGUCAGGCCAUCGUUAACUUCGUCAGGGAGCAACACGCCCUCUCUGUUGACCACGCGUCAGCUGAGCGUAAAGAUGAGCUGUGAAAGCCACGUCAUUUGCAAGCUCUUGCUAGGCUUCCUUUGUUAUUUGCUACUCUUAUAGUAAGAGCUUCUUCUAUAUUCUUCCAAUGAGAGCUCCUUUAAUGCUCUUAGUAAGAGCGAUGCUUAUGAUACGAAUAAGGCAGUUCAAUGUCUGUUAAGAUCUUAUCGAGGAAUAUUCUUCCAGCUCCUUUAAUGCUCUUAGUAAGAGCGAUGCUUAUGUGACCGAAAAGGCAGUUGAAUGUCUGUUAAGAUCUUAACGAGGAAGAUGAAAUAUCUUAAUUUUUCUUUAUCGAGAAUUCUUCUUGCAAAGAAGUUUGGACUUCUUAGUGUAUGACGAGUGCUAAGCUUUUCAAGGCGCUAACUUAGUCAAGCCUGCCUGAGCAAGUAACCGAGAUGAGGUAGCUUGAGACAACCUAACUCUUCUCACAAUAUCUAUUUAUUGACUAGCAAUUAAGUCUUCUUUUGACAUGGUACACAUUUUUGAAAAUAAUCUGUUUAAUAUUGACAUGGUAAGAUGUUUUCCUGAUACGGUUAUUUUGUCUCCAUAAUCAGUUAUUAGAUUUUUUUAAAUAAUGCAUUUUGCAUCGUUGUAUUCUAUUUGUUAUGCAUUUUGCGAAUGGCUCUUGAAAGAAACCGCGAAUUGUUGAACAAAUUAGUAUGAUUCUUUGCUGUAUUUCGUCUCAAGGAAACACAAAAUAAAUAAUUUAACUAGCGAGAUAAGUGUAAUACUAGCGUACAUUUAGUGUUCCUAAACUCAUGGCAUUAUGACGUAAGUCUGGCCGAAACUUCCUUAUUAUUCACUGAACAAAUAAAGUUGCGAUACCCUAAUGGCAGUAUGAAUAGUUAGAUUGCAAUAGUCGAAAUGGUGCUGAAGUGCGACCCAUGUCGUAAUGAACAAACUUUUUAUUUAUUUGCAGAGCAAUAUUUUGCUACGUACUUUUGAACAGCAUUGAAAUGUGCGAAAUAUUUCCACUGUUCAAAUAACGCGCCCAGCAUGGAACAUUAAGGACAAAGACCGCCGUAGUCUUGGUAUUCAAGUCCUGUUUCAUUACCAGAUAACUUCAUGCUGAACUUAACUUCCAUAGCGUAAAUGAACAGUUGUUGAAGAUUAUUAUUUAUUCAACAACAGUCUUGAACAACAGUUGUUGUUAAAGAUGAUUAUUAUUUCUUUAUUACCUUUGGUAAAUACUUGGAAAAAUACCAACAAAUUGAAUGGAUAGGCUAACCAUUCACCUCAUUCAUUCAGAUGUUCAUCUAGUGUAUUCUUCCGUAUUGAGCGUUAUUUGUAUAACGCUUUUCUUCCAUUUGUAUAAUUCAUUCAUGUACAACACUCUUUCUAACACUUCUCUUCCAUAACCUGUGCAUUAUAUUGCAUUCUGCUCAAAAUCUGCUUGAUUUAAAUCUAAAUUUUGUGUUACAAGACCAACCUCUUUCUUCGUUGUACGAGGUUGACGAAACGUCUACAGGCGUACUUAGUAUUUAUUGAUGAACCUUGUGUUAUUUUUAUGUUUAUUUCACUCCAACGUUUGUUGUUUUCAAGUGCUUCCUUCAGGUGCGACGUUCAGCAGCUCUUUAUUUACGCUUUACUGAUUUUUAUUCUAUUUUUCUAACUUUAGAAUAAACUUUUAGCAGCCAGCUGAGCGUAAUUAUUAUGAAACGAUGUACUGAUGUAAUAAGGAUUAUUUUAAUGUGUUCCCUGGAAAGGCUAAAAGAUUUUUUUAUUUGAAUUAAAACUUAUUACUAAGGAAGCGACGUGGAGUUGAGUUACACAGGGUGACAAUGUGUGUUACAAAUUCAUCGUAACUGUCACAGUAA